GACAAGUAGUAUGGUUUAGCGCUCCACUGGACAGCUCGUUUAUUUGGUUUCACACCGGGGAAGGGGCUACUGAGGCAAGGUAGGAACUGAGCGGGACCUUGGGAAGUCAAUUCAAAGACUUCUUCAGGCAGUAAAUUUGCCAACUAGGAGAAUCAUUUGCUCUCUCAGGUUGGCGGCUUUAUUCUAGAAUAGGGGUUGCUGCCACAGCUGAGGCACAUCUCGACUUCAGAGCACUGUGAACAAGAGCUUUUCCGACCCAGUCACAGGUCCUUUCUGGUCAGCACAGCCAGCCACUGACUGCAGGGUCAAAGGGCUGGGAGGAGAGGGACUGAAAGGCGGGGCAGACACAGACAUACACAGCCUCCGGGGCUCCCCUGGGCCUGCGCUGCAGUCUUCUAAAGAGACAUCUUGUCUCUUGUAGUUAAGACUUCCUUAUCCUUUCUCUAUCCAUCUUUUAUUUCUUCCUCUGACUUUACCUCAGUCAGGGCCAGAGAUGUAAACCCAACACCGAGGACACAGAGACUAUUUGGUGAAGCCCACGUGUUUAUGAGACUGGACGGGAAAAAGAAUGUGAGGGACAGAAACCACUCUGGAGUUGACACUUGAGGGUCUCUGCUACUUAAUAGUGUCAGAGAAGAGGAAGGUGUGUAAGUAUCAAGAGAAAGGCUCCUUCCAGACCCCAAGUGAGAUGACAAGGCAGCUGGGUGUGGGAGGCUCAGCAGGACUGCCUCGAGUUGGAGGGUGGCCUGAACUACAUGGUGAGACCCUGUCUCAAAAACACCAAUAAAUAAAUAAAUAAUGCCUGAGUCACUUAAAAAUAAAUACUAUAUCUAUAAGACAAUGUCAAUUUUUUUUUUUUUUUUUUUGAGACAGCGUCUCACUAUGUAGUGCAGACUGGCCUUGAACUCGCUUAUAUAGCCCAGGCUGGCCUCAAACUCAGUGAUCUUCCUGCUUCAGCUUCCAGAGUGCUUUGAUUACCCGUGUGUGCCACUGUGUCUGACCAAUGUCAAAUUUUGACUCCACUCCCAAAGCACUGUAAAAGAAAACAAAGACAAAAGUGAAACAAAAUAAACAUUUCCAACUUCUUGAGAUCACAGGUGUGAGUACCUCCUGAAAGGUUACUUCUAAAUGUUUCCAGAAAGUAACAGCCACUUUCGAGUUCCUCUUUGGAGCCUUAAAAUUCCCGCAGCGGUGGUAACCUCCUGAACUGACCACUAUGAUUUUUACCUCCCUCGGCCUUUCCGAUUGCACGUGCGAUCGCUGAGUUGUUAAACCCAGGUUCUUGAAUCCUCCUUCUCCUCGUGUCAGCUAAGGAUGGAACCGCAGCUCACAAGGUGCACCACACAGCAGAAGCCAAAACCCAACUUUCUUAAAAGCACACAGCGUCUGCCUGGGUUCGAUCGCUCGUACAAAAAAACGAAACAAAAUAACACUACCCCCCUAAAACCUACACCACACCGAAAUUUUAAAAAUCGCUUGCUCUGCAAACACCUAUAAGCGUCGCUGAGGCCUUUCCCCGGGAAGUUAAGACUCAGCGAAGGUCGCAGACACAGCACAGCCCCUUCCUUGAAAGCUCUCCGGCCGGCGUCUCACAGUCGCGCCGGGGAAGCGACCUCAAGUUCCAGGCUAGCAGAUCGCUGUCCUCGAAGCCCUGGUUUCCGAUCGCAGCAGUUCUGUCUGCUCUUCUCAGUCCAGUGGCUUCGGCUACCUCGUCGGGCGGCUGGGGCUCAGGUUCUCCCCGAGCGCCCGCCGGCGACUGCAACAGACCUUCCGGGGCCGGUGCCCGCGGCCGCCGCGCCCGCGGAGCGCUGACCUCCAGCGCAAGUCGGCUCAGCAGUCCCGCCCUCCGACUUUACAUCGCGUUUCUGACUGGUUGUUCCGUGCGUCCCUCUGCGCGGCUCGUCCAAUGCAGGGCCGGGCCGGUGGCCUCGACGGCUCCGCCCCCGCCCCGCGCCGGGAGCCGAGCAGAGUAAAUACAACAGGAGCGCAAAAUGGCGGAGCCGCUGAGCCCAGUGCGCGGCGCCGUCGCCGCCCCGGCUGUCCCGGAGAAGGAGCCCUUCGGCAGGCCGCAGUCGUCCUCCCGGGACCCGCUGGCCUCUCUGUCCGCCAAGAAGGUCCGGAUGGAGGAGAAGAAGGCGCCGCGGCGCGUGAACGGGGACGGGGGCGGGCGGCAGGCGCCGGCCCCUCCGCCCUGGAGCCUGGCCGCGCCGCCCGCCGCCGCCGCCCGCAGCUGCUUCGCGCUCCCCGCCGGCGCCUCGUUGCUCGUGCCCGGCCCGCCGCUGCCCGCCGUGCCCCCGCGCCUGCCGGCCCAGAACCCGAACCCGAACCCGAACCCGAGCCCGCCGGCGCCCUCGGCCGGGCCCGCGGCGCGCAGACCCAAGGAGAAGCGGGCGAGGGAGCGGCGGCGCCACGGGCUCGGCGGGGCCGCGCGCACGGAGAACGGGGAGGGCGGGCCGCCGCCAACGACGCCGCCGCGAGAUAAAAUCAAAGACAAAAUUAAGGAGAGAGACAAAGAAAAAGAGAGAGAAAAAAAGAAGCAUAAAGUAAUGAAUGAGAUCAAGAAAGAGAAUGGAGAAGUGAAGAUUUUGCUGAAAAGUGGGAAGGAGAAACCAAAAGCAAAUGUAGACGACUUACAAAUUAAAAAGGUAAAGAAGAAAAAGAAAAAGAAACACAAAGAGAACGAGAAACGGAAGCGUCCGAAAAUGUAUAGCAAAUCCAUUCAGACGGUCUGCUCAGGACUGCUGUCUGACGCCGAGGAGGAGGCAGCCGAAGGCGUGCUCGGUGGCAGGGACCGCACGGGGCGGGCCGCGGACCCCCGGGCCCCCGAGAGCAGCGCGCUCCCCUUCGUGUCGCUGAAGGAGCCCCGCGUGGGGGAGACGCUGCGCAGGCUGGACGCGCUGGAGUUCAAGCAGCUCAUCCACGUGGAGCAGCAGCCCAACGGCGGCGCCGCGGUGCUGCACGCCUACGGCGGCGAGCUGGCACGCCUGGCGCCCCCCGAGAUGGAGAGGUUCGCCGAGGAGUUCGUGGGCCUGGCCUUCAGCGAGAACGAGAGCGCCGCCGCCUUGUACGUGAUGGGCAUCGUGCACGGCGCGGCGGCCUACCUGCCCGACUUCUUAGACUACUUCUCCUUCAACUUCCCCAACUCCCCGGUGAAGAUGGAGAUCCUGGGGAAGAAGGACAUCGAGACCACCACCAUGUCCAAUUUCCACGCUCAGGUAAAAAGAACAUAUUCCCACGGUACUUACAGAGCCGGCCCAAUGCGACAGAUCAGCCUGGUGGGAGCGGUGGAUGAGGAGGUGGGCGAUUACUUCCCUGAGUUCCUGGACAUGCUGGAGGAGUCGCCCUUUCUCAAGUGCACACUGCCGUGGGGGACCCUGUCAAGCCUCCAGCUGGAGAGUCGCAGAGACAGCGACGAUGGCCCCAUCAUGUGGGUGCGUCCAGGCGAGCAGAUGAUCCCCGUGGCUGACGUGCCCAAGUCACCUUUCAAGAGGAAGAGAACUACCAAUGAAAUAAAAAACCUCCAGUACCUACCUCGAACCAGCGAGCCUCGUGAGAUGCUCUUUGAAGACAGGACGAGAGCCCACGCGGAUCACAUCGGCCAAGGCUUUGAGCGACAGACAACUGCUGCCGUGGGUGUGCUGAAGGCCGUGCACUGUGGAGAGUGGCCUGAUCAACCCCGAAUAACCAAAGAUGUAAUUUGUUUUCAUGCUGAAGAUUUCUUAGAAAUAGUUCAACGAAUGCAGUUGGAUUUGCAUGAGCCUCCACUGUCCCAGUGUGUCCAGUGGAUUGAUGAUGCAAAACUUAAUCAGCUGAGGAGGGAGGGCAUCCGCUAUGCCAGGAUCCAGCUGUAUGACAAUGACAUUUACUUCAUUCCGAGGAAUGUGGUUCAUCAGUUCAAGACAGUUUCCGCUGUGUGCAGUUUAGCAUGGCACGUUCGGCUCAAGUUGUAUCACUCGCAGGACGACGUUACUCAGAGCACAGCUGCUCAGGAGGCAGGGGCCUCCCCUCCCAGCGACAGCAGGAUGUGUGCUGCACGGAAAACCUCCUCGGAGUCUGGGUUUUCAGACAAACUCCACCCGAAAUAUGAAUUAGCGCAGACUAAACAUGAACCUCCUGCGUCUGUGAGGGUCAAAGAAGAACCCAUGAGUGUUAAUCCUCCUGUGAAGGCCAGAGCCCCGAGUAACACGGAUGGGAAGAGUGUUAAAGCAAAACUGGAUCAUGUUCAGUUCACAGAGAUCAAGAUUGACAUGGAUUCUAGCUUUGAAAACAGCAACAAGGACCUGAAGGAGGAGCUGUGUCCCGGCAGUGUCCUAAGUCUAGUUGAUACGAGGCAGCAUAGUUCGGGACACAGCUCAAGUCAAGACAGACAAGAUGAUGACAUUUUGUGCUAGAUUUGUACAGAGCAUUUACAAUUUCUUUUUUUAAAAAAAUUAAUAAUGUAAUAAAGAAUCAUGAAUUCUGGAAGCAAGCAAAGGACUUGCUCUCAAGUCUGUUACAGAACAUAGAUGAUGUGGCUUUGUAACAUUCCUCAGUGCCUGUGCUAACUGUGAAGCAGCAGCACUCAAGGCCAGGGGCACUGUACACACUGCAGGUUUGAACACAGGAGUCUUCGAAACAGCUUUGGAGUUGGAGUUAUGUUUUAGAAUCAAGCUGAUAUAUAUACACACGUACAUAUAUACACACACACACAUAUAUGUGUGUGUGUGUAUAUAUAUAUUUUAAUAUGAGCCAGAAUUUUUUGGACAAUUUAAGGCUUUUCCAUAGAGCUUAUUUAUACCCUUAUACCAUUUUUUUUUCAUUUUAAAUGUGUCAGCACUGUAGUGUAAAUAGCUUUAAAACAUCUUUUUAGUGUGAUUUAUAUUGAAAUGUGAGCCACUUAAUAAAGGUUCAUAAUAAAUGUUUUCUGUUCAGUUUGCAAAGACAAAGUGACAAUUCAGUUAAAUCAUUUUUUGAUACAUUGUUUCUCUAUGCUGGUAUACCCAUUUAGAGUGGUAAUGGAGUGCAAAUGUGUGUAUUCAAGUCUAGUAAAUAUUUAAAUUCUCCACACUGUGCAAGCAUUUAAAAAAAAAAGAUUCAGUUAUGAUAGCGUGUGUGUGCGUGUGUGUGAAUGUAUAUAUGUGUAUCCUAUUUUGCACAAUUUCUUAAGUUGCUCAAUAAGAUAAGUAUGUGAAACUAUUUAGCCCCACUUCCUGGAAUACAUUUUAAAAUAUUUAUUUCAACAUUAAAAGAGCAGCUUAGGUAAUAGAAAAAAUUUUAGAAAGUUGGGAGAAAAAAGAUUGAAUAAUCUCUAUCCUAAAUAAUGAAGAUGCGUUGCUAAGGUUUUUAUAGUGGUAACAAAUUUUCUGUGUUGUAUAUGGAACAAGUAGGAAGUUUUCUUACUUGAUAAGCACUUACGCUCCGCUUGAUUAUAGCCGAGUAAAAUUUCUUUAGUUAUAGAAAGUUUUAAUUGUGAAAAAUUAAAAUCCUCUUUUAAAAUUUUCUUGAAGAAUGGGAAAAAUAUGGCAAAAUUCAAAACCAUAAGGGCAGUGACCUGAAUACCAUAUACUGAGACGUAACUAAAAAAUACUGUUACCUCGUCUUUCUCAGGAUCCCCCGCCCAGCACGAAAGGCAGCUGGGGGUAUUUCCUUUUUAUAAAGAAGCUCUAGGAAAUAAAUGCCAUAGGAAACAGAAUCGCCAGUGCCUAGUUAACGAUGAGUGAAACCUGUCUCUUUGGUGAGGGGUCAGCAAUAUUUCCGAGUGCUUCCACUUCUGUAAUUGAGAGGCCGACAAGCCUUGGAUGUGUGCACGGACGGCAGGGACUCGGCCGGCCGGACGUGCUCUUGCUUCUCCUUACUCCAGGCUGUACUUGGGCUGAUAACUUCCAGCUGCAGUUCUUCGCGCCACAUUUCAGUGUUUUCUGUCCUGGCCUCAUUCGUGGUACCCAUCAAAGCUCAUUUCUAGUUAGAAGCCAUUUGGGAAGAGGCACUUCACCAGGACACUUAACAACUAACUGCAACAACAUGUCGGCUUUGGCCCUCGUUUUUAUUUUUAUUUUUUGUGGGGUUACUGGAAAUCGAACUCAGGACCUCACGCUUGCCAGGCAGGCUCUGCAGCACUGAGCUAAUCCCUGGCCCUUGGCCCUAUAAUAAAAAGGUGGGCAAAUAUAGGAAAUGAAUGUUUACCACAUGGGAACUCUCACGGGAUAGGGAAAUCUAAAUCCUGAUAAUGUAAAUAGGAAUUUUGUCUUAUAUGUCACUGUCUUAUGCUCCCACCUACCUAUUUGAUCUGCUUUGUUACAUUAAAUUUAGGGAUCUGUAUCUUCUUUGGGAAAUAAAGUUCUCAAAAAAUCCGAAUUGAGAAAUAGGGAUGUGGUUAAAAUAUUUUUGAUCUUUUAAAAUUGAAAAGUGAUAUAUUUAAGGUAUGUUUUAUUUUUACUUUUCCAGUAACAUAAAUGCACUGACAAUGUAAGAAAGUUUCUUUAGGGCAACUCUCUGAAAUAUAUACGCCUUAUGCAUUUAACUUGGAGGAAUGUGUAUCUAAAAUAAUUAUAGUGGUUGUUUUCAGGUGUGCUUUCUGAUAUGACCAAUAGUUAGACUUACAAAAAUUUGUUUUCUAAAAUGCUUAAAUCUCUGGAAGUGAAGUUUCCCUAAAUCAGUGGGUAACAGUAAAUCAGUUCACCUUCAAUAAAACUUAUGUUGUCUUAUGGAUAUGGUGUAUAAUUUUUAAAUCUUCAGGUCAGUAUGAGAACUUGAAAGCCUUUGUCACACAUGAAUUUCUAUUUUAAUAUUACAUCCUAUUAAUGGUUUCUUAGUACAUUCCGGUUCUUUAUCUGAGUGGAAGGUUUUUGCUUUUACUUCUAAUAUCUUGGACCAGAACAAUAAAGCACUCAAGAUAUAAUUUCUAUAUGGUUACAUGCUAUAUAGAAUAAAUUGUUAUAUAAAUUAUUAAAUGGGUGUACAGACCUUGAGAAUAAAAACUUAGGUACCUCAGUGGUAUCUGUUAUAGCAAUUAUUUUUUUUCCUACUUUUGUUUAUACCCUGUUAGCUCUACCUGAUAUAUAUUCCAUACUCAGGCUAGCUGAUUAGCUAGCAAAGAAUGAAGCACUUGUGAUAUUUAGUUACAAACUACUAAAGCCAUAUAUUCAUUGUCUUCUUUGUCACCAAGAAUAUUGACCUUAAAUAAAGAUGAGGUUGAUGUAGCACAA